AUGGCUAUUACUUCGCGAAUUAAUGAUGCAGGGGAUGGUGUUGGGGAUAGUGUUGGAGAUGGUGUUGGAGAUGGUGUUGGGGAUGUUGUUGGGGAUGGUGUUGGGGAUAGUGUUGGAGAUGGUGUUGGAGAUGGUGUUGGGGAUGUUGUUGGGGAUGGUGUUGGGGAUGGUGUUGGGGUUGGUGUUGGAAAUGGUGUUUGGGAUGGUGUUGGAGAUUGUGUUGGGGAUGGUGUUGGGGAUUGUGUUUGGGAUGGUGUUGGAGAUGGUGUUGGAGAUGGUGUUUGGGAUGGUGUUGGGGAUGGUGUUGGAGAUUGUGUUGAUGAUGGUGUUUGGGAUGGUGUUUGGGAUGGUGUUGGGGAUGGUGUUUGGGAUGGUGUUGGGGAUGGUGUUUGGGAUGGUGUUGGAGAUUGUUUUGAGGAUGGCGUUGGGGAUGGUGUUGGGGAUGGUGUUUGGGAUGGUGUUGAAGAUUGUUUUCAGAAUGGUGUUGGGGAUGGUGUUGGAGAUAAUGUUGGGGAUGGUGUUGGGGAUGGUGUUGGAGAUGGUGUUUGGGAUGGUGUUGGAGAUUGUGUUGGGGAUGAUGUUGGGGAUUGUGUUGGAGAUGGUGUUGGAAAUGGUGUUGGGGAUGGUGUUGGAGAUUGUGUUGAUGAUGGUGUUGGAAAUUGUGUUGAUGAUGGUGUUUGGGAUGUUGUUGGGGAUUGUGUUGGAGAUGGUGUUCGGGAUGGUGUUUGGGAUGGUGUUGUAAAUGGUGUUUGGGAUGGUGUUGGAGAUGGUGUUGGGGAUGGUGUUGGAGAUUGUGUUGAUGAUGGUGUUUGGGAUGGUGUUGGGGAUGGUGUUAAAGAUGGUGUUGGGGAUGGAUGGUGUUGGGGAUGGUGUUGGGGAUGGUGUUGGAGAUGGUGUUGGGGAUGGUGUUUGGGAUGGUGUUGA